AUGCUCUUGACGUCAGCAUCGUCGCGUUCGCUGCUCGUGCUGCUGCUGGUGCUGCUGCCGUCGCUGCCGCGCGUGGCAGUGCAGGCAGUGGCGCAUAUAAGUGCCGGCGACGAUGUGGCAGCAAGCGAUGGCAGCCCGGCAAGGCAGCAACGUCAGCAGGAGCCCGGGGAAUGGAGAGCGGCAGCAUCAGCGAACCCCCUGCCGCCGCCGCCCCCGCCCCCGGUCCCCCACGCCGGGAUCCCUCAGCGCGCCCUGACGGGCCAGCCGCGGUCCGAACGGCCGGCGCCGCCCCACCCGCCGCGGCGACGCGCCCGCCGCAAGCUCGCCUUUGGGGCGUUUGUGCAGCAGGCGCGCGACGAGAUCCCCGACAGCGAGGAGGCGCCUGGCUGCGCCGCACGCGCCGGCGUCGGCUACCUCGAGCGCUGGCGCCGCCUUGGCGGCACCUUUUGCGCCCUGCCUGGCCGCGGGCCCGCCACAGCGGCGCCGCCGCCGGAAGCCGGCGGCAGCGCCCGCGCCCUGCCGCCGCCGCCGCCGGAGUUUGGGAGCGUGGCGCGCUGCAACGCGCACCCCGCCGCCGACCUGACGGCUUGCUUUGCCACCAACAUGGUCUUCGACGCGACCGCGUUCAUGGGGCCGAAAAAGCAGCCGGACGAGCUGCCCGCAGCCGCGAAGGGCAGCGUGCGGCUGGGCUGCAACCGGACGCAGCCGCUGGCCGCGUUUUUGCGCGGCCGGCUGCGCAACGAGGGCCCGCGGCGCUGGCUCGUCGACGCCGCGGAGCUCGUGCCCCCCGCUGACGUCGCCGGGCUGUGCGCGGCGGGCGGCGGGGCUGUGGAGCAUGCGGUCGUGUUCCUUAUGCGGCUGGACGGCUCCAACGCAUUCCACAAUGCGGCGGACGCUCAGCGCCUGCGACCGGCGCGGCGCGUCGCGGCGCCACGGCGCCCCGCAGAGACCCUGGUGCACAUGUUCAUCGGCCUGGCGGCCCUUCAGAUCCCGCCAGAGGCGCUCAGCGGCGGGCUGCAGGUCAUCAUCGCCGACGACAAGCCUCCGGGCUACUUUCUGGACAUCCUCCGCCGCCUGUCGCACCCCCACCCCCUCAUCGCCCUCCGCGACGCCCCCCCGCCGCCCGGCACCUGCCUGCGUGCCGCAGCCGUUGCACCGUUUGUGGGCCACGGGAACUCGCUGCUCGCGGCGUCGGCUGAGGAGGUCGGCUGCCGCUCGGUCAUGCUGCACGCCGCAUCUCUGUGGCUGCGGGAGCUGUUCUGGGAUGUUCUACCAAGGGAGCCGCCCGUCGACGCGGAGCAGCAAGAGCAGCAGGCACAGCAGCAGGGGCAGCAGGCACGGCAGCAGGAGCAGCAGCUGAGCGGCGCGCGGACGCUGCAGUUCGUGUGGUUGUCGCGCGCCCACUUCGAGGCGUCAAUGCGCGGGAAGCUGAGCGGGUGGCAGCGGCAGCGGGCGGCGCCCAAUGAGGCGGAGGCCCUGGAGCUCAGCCAGCAGCCCUUCAGCCCGGACCAGGUGUUCACCCUGUCGCGCACUGGCGUGCUGGCCGGCGUGCACGGCGCGGGGCUGGCCAACAUGCUGAUGAUGGAGCCGGGGCGCGGCGCGGUGCUGGAGGUGUGGCACGGCAUGGAGGACAACUUCCACUAUGGUGGGGGCCACGGCGGCCCGUCGUCGGGGCAGACUUGGACCCCCAUAGACCCGACCGCUGACAUCCGGUACGACGAGGACUAUGCGCGCUUUUACGAUCUGUACUCGGGGCAGCGGAAGCUGCCGCCCCCGGUGGACGGCCGCACGCUCUACACCGAGCUCGGCCUGCUGCACCAGCAGCAGCAGCAGCGGCAGCAGCAGGCAGACCUGCAGGUGGCGGUCGCGCAGCAGGCGGCGAUGAUGGGGUCGGCGGCCACGCCGCCGCCCGGGCACGCGGCGGCGGCGCUGGCGAGCCUGAUGGCGGGCGGAGGGGCGCUGACUCCCGGAGGGCUGGAGGUGAUACAGGAGGCGGACGGGCUGCCGGGCAUGCUGCAGGCGGCACUCCAGCAGAUGUGUGAGUGGCGGGUGCACAAGGCCGCGCAGCACGCCUGA